GCUCAGAAACUGCCAGCGUAGAUCCCAGGCUCUGAGGCUGAAGCAGGAGGAGGGAAGGACUAGAAGGAAGAGAGACAGGUUAGGGGGAAAGGCUGGGGAAGGAAACGGCAGAAAAGAAGCAUCUCGUCACAGGGACUGAGAGGCAAAGGACGGUGGAGAUGAGGACGGAGAGAGACAAGACCUGAAAGCCAAAACAUUCAAAUAGAGCGAAACAGGGGCGGGGGGGAAAAAUGCCAAGAAGAACAUCCAUCCGGAGAAAUGAAGAGAAUGAAAGUUUUAUGCUGCAGAGCCAGUCUGUGCUUUUCCGGCACAACGUUUCCUCGCCGCUUUUAAGCCCUUUUGCAUUUGCCCGCCGUUGACAUUAAGAGGCAUGUUCAGCGGUGCCGGCAGCAUCUCUUCUUCCUUCUCCUCUUCCUCUUCAUCUUCCUCCUCCUUCUUUCCCUCCUCCUCCUCCUCCUCCUCCCAUCAGCGAGAAGACAAACCGAGGACAGUCUUGAAAUAUCGGAAUUUCCUCCUUGGGAUUUGCCAGCGCCGCGCUGCGCCAAGACUGUCGGAAUAAAGGACGCUGUCGGACGCUGACUAUUGUAUUAUUAUUUUAUUAAUUGGUCGGUGGGAAGAUUACGGAUGAGGGAAGGGGACGCCCGUCACCCUUUCUGCGCUAAAGAUUGAAAAAUGAGGCUGAUUUGGGGGAAGUCCUAAAAUGAAGCAAAAGGAAUAAGAUUUUUUUUAAGAACAGAAAAGCCACAGGAGCCCCCGACAUAGCGCACUUGUAUUUGUAUUUAUUUUUUUUUUUCUCGUAGUGGUGGGGGAGGUGAUUGGGUGGCUGACUGGCUGCGGGAAGCUGCUUCCUUUCCCUUUGGAGAUGAUUGUGCUAUUAUUUGCCUUGCUCUGGAUGGUGGAAGGAGUCUUUUCCCAGCUUCACUACACGGUGCAGGAGGAGCAGGAACAUGGCACUUUCGUGGGGAAUAUCGCUGAAGAUCUGGGCUUGGACAUUACAAAACUUUCAGCUCGCAGGUUUCAGACGGUGCCCAAUUCCCGGACCCCAUACCUGGACCUCAACCUGGAGACCGGGGUGUUGUACGUGAACGAGAAGAUAGACCGCGAGCAAAUCUGCAAGCAGAGCCCGUCCUGCGUCCUGCACCUGGAGGUGUUCCUGGAGAACCCCCUGGAGCUGUUCCGGGUGGAGAUCGAAGUGCUGGACAUCAACGACAACCCCCCCUCCUUCCCGGAGCCGGACCUGACCGUGGAGAUCUCCGAGAGCGCCACGCCAGGCACCCGCUUCCCUCUGGAGAGCGCAUUCGACCCAGACGUGGGCACCAACUCCUUGCGCGACUACGAGAUCACCCCCAACAGCUACUUCUCCCUGGACGUGCAGACGCAGGGGGAUGGCAACCGAUUCGCCGAGCUGGUGCUGGAGAAGCCGCUGGACCGAGAGCAGCAAGCGGUGCACCGCUACGUGCUGACCGCGGUGGACGGGGGAGGAGGGGGAGGAGGAGGUGAAGGAGGGGGAGGCGGCGGGGGAGGGGGCCUGCCCCCCCAGCAGCAGCGCACCGGCACGGCCCUACUCACCAUCCGAGUGCUAGACUCCAAUGACAACGUGCCCGCCUUCGACCAACCCGUCUACACUGUGUCCCUACCGGAGAACUCGCCGCCCGGCACGCUGGUGAUCCAGCUCAAUGCCACGGACCCAGACGAGGGCCAGAACGGCGAGGUCGUGUACUCCUUCAGCAGCCACAUUUCGCCCCGGGCGCGGGAGCUCUUCGGACUCUCCCCGCGCACAGGCCGGCUGGAGGUGAGCGGCGAGCUGGACUACGAAGAGAGCCCGGUGUACCAAGUGUACGUACAAGCCAAGGACCUGGGCCCCAACGCCGUGCCCGCACACUGCAAGGUGCUGGUGCGAGUGCUGGAUGCCAACGACAACGCGCCGGAGAUCAGCUUCAGCACCGUGAAGGAGGCGGUGAGCGAGGGCGCGGCGCCCGGCACGGUGGUGGCCCUGUUCAGCGUGACCGACCGCGACUCGGAGGAGAACGGGCAGGUGCAGUGCGAGCUGCUGGGGGACGUGCCGUUCCGCCUCAAGUCUUCCUUCAAGAACUACUACACCAUCGUGACCGAGGCGCCCCUGGACCGAGAGGCGGGGGACUCCUACACCCUGACGGUGGUGGCACGGGACCGGGGCGAGCCGGCGCUCUCCACCAGUAAGUCCAUCCAGGUGCAAGUGUCCGACGUGAACGACAACGCGCCGCGGUUCAACCAGCCGGUCUACGACGUGUAUGUGACUGAGAACAACGUGCCGGGCGCCUACAUCUACGCGGUGAGCGCCACGGACCGCGACGAGGGCGCCAACGCCCAGCUAGCCUACUCCAUCCUCGAGUGCCAGAUCCAAGGCAUGAGCGUCUUCACUUACGUGUCCAUCAACUCCGAGAACGGCUACUUGUACGCCCUGCGCUCCUUCGACUACGAGCAGCUCAAGGACUUCAGCUUCCAGGUGGAAGCCCGGGAUGCCGGCAGUCCCCAGGCGCUGGCUGGCAACGCCACCGUCAACAUCCUCAUCGUGGAUCAGAACGACAACGCCCCCGCCAUCGUGGCGCCCCUGCCGGGGCGCAAUGGGACGCCGGCGCGCGAGGUGCUGCCCCGCUCGGCGGAGCCCGGGUACCUGCUGACUCGUGUGGCCGCAGUGGACGCAGACGACGGCGAGAAUGCCCGGCUCACCUACAGCAUCGUGCGGGGCAACGAGAUGAACCUCUUCCGCAUGGACUGGCGCACCGGGGAGCUCCGCACGGCGCGCCGGGUGCCGGCCAAGCGCGACCCCCAGCGGCCUUACGAGCUGGUGAUCGAGGUGCGGGACCACGGGCAACCGCCUCUGUCCUCCACCGCCACCUUGAUGGUGCAGCUGGUGGAUGGCGCAGCCGAGCCCCAAGGCGGGGGCGGGGGCAGUGGCGGGGGGACAGGGGAGCACCAGCGCCCCAGCCGCUCUGGCAGCGGGGAGACCUCGCUGGACCUGACCCUCAUCCUCAUCAUCGCUCUGGGUUCCGUGUCCUUCAUCUUCCUGCUGGCCAUGAUCGUGCUGGCCGUGCGUUGCCAGAAAGAGAAGAAGCUCAACAUCUACACGUGUCUGGCCAGCGACUGCUGCCUGUGCUGCUGCUGCGGCGGCGGGGGCGCGACCUGCUGCGGCCGGCAAGCCCGGGCGCGCAAGAAGAAACUCAGCAAGUCUGACAUCAUGCUGGUGCAGAGUUCCAACGUCCCCAGCAACCCGGCCCAAGUGCCGGUGGAGGAGUCCGGGGGCUUCGGCUCCCACCACCACAACCAGAAUUACUGCUACCAGGUCUGCCUGACCCCUGAGUCCGCCAAGACCGACCUGAUGUUCCUUAAGCCCUGCAGCCCUUCUCGUAGCACGGACACUGAGCACAACCCCUGCGGGGCCAUCGUCACCGGCUACACAGACCAGCAGCCCGACAUCAUCUCCAACGGAAGCAUUUUGUCCAACGAGACUAAACACCAGAGAGCAGAGCUCAGCUACCUAGUUGACAGACCUCGCCGAGUUAACAGUUCUGCAUUCCAGGAAGCCGACAUAGUAAGCUCUAAGGACAGUGGUCAUGGAGACAGUGAGCAGGGAGAUAGUGAUCACGAUGCCACCAACCGUGGCCAGUCAGCUGGUAUGGAUCUCUUCUCCAACUGCACCGAGGAGUGUAAAGCCUUGGGCCACUCGGACCGGUGCUGGAUGCCUUCUUUUGUCCCUUCUGAUGGACGCCAGGCUGCUGACUAUCGCAGCAAUCUGCACGUGCCCGGCAUGGACUCUGUUCCAGACACCGAGGUGUUUGAAACUCCCGAAGCCCAGCCCGGGGCGGAGCGAUCCUUCUCCACCUUCGGCAAAGAGAAGGCCCUUCACAGCACCCUGGAGAGGAAGGAGCUGGACGGACUGCUGUCUAAUACACGAGCGCCUUACAAACCACCCUAUUUGACACGGAAAAGGAUAUGCUAGUCAAUUCUACAGGACUUCCCUGAAGCAGCAUGAUUUGCACAAAGUCGACCAACAAAAGCAUCAACUUUUCAACUUCAUUAUCUUGGCCAUCCAGUUAGUUGUAUGUAACUGAGUAGUCGAUUGCCCCCCGCAGUCACCGUGGCCAAUUAGAGGACCUCCUUGCUCUCAGCAGGCCUGAGAAAUGAGUUGAAAUGUGCAGAACUGUAGAAACUUUAGGCAACGGAUUUUGCCUCUCCGAUCAGUGUGUGCCUGUUUACAGCACUAUCUAUCUUACUCUCCAAAUGUCACUGAGCCCUUUCCAUGUUUAUAUUCACCACGAGAAGCCAGUCAUAAGGAUAAAGGAAAUUUGUGCAUUACAAAUGCAAUAUCACUGUUUUCGACUUGACUGUUUUAUAUUAUUUUUGUGUGAUCAAGUGUUCCCCAAACUAUUCCAACUUUACCAGAGAGAUUGUGAUUAUGUUCUUCUCACCUGUGGGUCAUAGAAAAUGUUGUAUUCUGAAGACCCACAAAAUAUCAAAGACAUUCUGUAGUUUAUACACCGUGUUGCAAAGUGUUUACUGUACUAUUUCAAAGCUUCUAAAUAAAUAUAAAUAUAUAUUAUAUUAUAUAAUUUUCCUAAAAUGUGGUACAACUCAGUUGGUUUUUAAAUGGAUUCAUACAGUCCGCAUCAUACAAUAAAGUAAAAGGUAAUUCAGGGUCCCAAAGGUAAACUUACAUAGACAAAAAAUAAGCAUUAAUAGUUUCCUCCCAGUUUUCAUGCCUUCUCCCACCCUGUUUUUCCUUGUUUAAAAGAAAAUGAAGCUCUAAGCUACAAAAUGUUGCCAAGAACUUGUACUGAAUUUCCAAUGCCAAAGAUAUAGCUGCCAAUGUUAUCAGAGGGGCACUGAAUGCAUACCAUCUAAAUACCAACAAUGUCUAUCAUUUCAAUUCUAUUUCUAUGGCUUUGAAUUUAGAGUCAUUUAAAGCUUUUAUAAAAAAUCAAUACAUCCUUCUGUAUUUGUUGUUAGGACAAAAAACAAACACUGGGUGUCUGUACAUUUUGUGGUGUAAAAUAUGUAAUUGAAGAUUACUAUUUUAAGAAGUCCUCAAUCAUAUAACUUACACAGAAUUUUAUUUUACAUAGUUAUGUGACUUCUAAUAACACAUGGAUAUUUAUAACUCUAUAUGACUAUACAGAGGUAUAUAAAUACCUGAACUGAUAAUGAAUAACUAUAACAUAUAAACAAUCUCUAAAUUUAAAGCAAGUUUAAUAAAUUUGGAGAUAGAAACAUGGUAUGUUAUUGUUUCAGUAUUACCUUAUGUGUGAAAAUUUUGUAGCUUAAAUGUAGUCAGUGUUGUAUUAAUGAGAAAAUUCUUCAUAAGUCAGCCUUGAAAAGGGAAGCCUGCCUUUUACUUUAUGUCAACAAGGUUAAUCACUAAAUUCAGUAGGGUGCAUUUUUUUCUUUUACGUCUAUUCCUUUAUUUCUACUGUUAUUUAUUGCUUACUGAAACAAAACUAAAAGAGGAAAAAUCAGAGAAUAUGAGAUAAACUUCCAAAAAAAAAAAAACAAAACCCCCCUCCCAGAAUUGUCACAGUUUCCCAUUAAAAAUAAAAAUCUUCAACAUUACAUCUAAAGGUUUGCCCAAUCCAGAUUACAGACCUACUUGGAAAUAUCUCCCUUAAUUUUCACCUGAUCUUAUUUUACAAUGAUAGUUUGAGCUAUGCUACGUUGUUAAAGAAUAGACUAAAAAUGAACACAUAACAAAUGUUUUCCACCCACUUUUAUCUUAUUUAUAUGGGAAUAGUUUCCUUAGAUUUAACAUUAAAACACAUACAUAUAUACUCAUAGGUCCUUGAUGUGUAUACCUGAGUGACAUCACAGUGUCACUGACUUGACAGUCAUCAAAUGAGAUAUUAAUGUCAUAAUCACAAUCAGUUUACAGAACACAAUAAUGUGUGUACUGUUCCAGUCUUUUGGGGACCCUUUACAAAUAUUCGAAGUCAAGUUCAUCGUCUCUGACACGAAAGCACACAUAGUCACUAAGUGCAGCAGUCAAAAUUGCUCAGACUUUUGGCAUUGCUACAUUCAUAUUUUGAAUGAUGGACUAUUUUAGUAAGAAAAUGUUUCUAUAUAAUUUAACUAGAAAAAGUGUGUUUGUUGUAAUUGCUUUUCAAACAAGAAAUGAUUUUCUUGUUGAAUCACCUUGCUUUAAUUAAAACCUGUUAUUUAUCAUUUUAUAAUUAUGGGGAAAACCCACAUCCAUCUGCCUUAUGUGCAUGGGAAAUAAGGUUAUACUCACUUUAUAUAUAAUAGCUCUACCAAUUCUUUUGACUUAAUUUUUUUAAUUAUUUAGCCCUUUAUAUCAUUGUAUAUAAUCUCUCUUGAACCAGCUUCUUAUAUAUUUGUGUAUUAGUUUUUUUAAUAUAGCCUAGUAACCAGUUUUACUCAUUGUCAUUUUAGCUCCUAAAUUUUAUUAUCAAUGUACAGAAACAAAAACAACAAAAUGUUUACCUAAUUUAUAGGACAAGUAGAAUUAUUUAAACAUAAGAUACAAACAAUUUGUUAUUAAUCAACUGCUACAUCCAGAAUAAAUCAGCAGUUGCAACAGAAUAAGGGUAUGAUUUUAGUACAUUGGCUAAAUUGUUAUAUAUUAUUAUGGCGACUAUGAAUAGAAAAUGCAACCAACCAACAAUUUAAGGUUUCCAAAUAAACAUUUGUUAGAUUCACAUGCAAAAAAUUGUAAAACAGGGUUUCUAUUUACUCUAGUCAUCCUAAUAUCAAAUUUUCAUAAUUUUAUAUAUAUAUCACAGAAAUAAUAUCCACACUAUAAGACAGCAUUUCAUCAAUAAAUUAUUUCAGAAAAGCAUAAUUAUGGUAUUUACUUCUUGUUAACAUAGUUUUAGAAUAGUUAAAAGUCAAAAUAUUUUCCUGUGGAAACAGUGUCUUAAUGUUUCAAAGGUAUGUCAAAUGACAAUUUUUAGAAAUAUUUCAGCCACGUGUAAAAUUCUAAUUUUUAACUGUGAAUAUAAUUUUGUGGAAUCACUUUAAGUUAAAUAUUUAAAUAUCACAAAGGAAUUACUGUACAUAUAUAAUAAUGUCUGUUUCAAUAUGUGAAUCAUCUUUUGGGGGAAGUAUUAAGGAGUAUGUAAAUUUUAUUUUAUGACGAUAUUAAAUGCAAUGCCUUUAUCAAACAUUGCAAAUUAAGUAAUAUAGAAGAUUUAAAUACUUUAGUUACUCAUUCUCUUGUUUCAUUUCUUAAUAGUGUGAUAAUUUGCUGUGAGACAUUUUCUAAUGGAGACACCCUCCUUCUUCUCCAAUAAAAGGAUGGAAAACAAUCCUUGCAGUUCUUAACAUAAACUUUAAUAACCGUGCAUUAUAUUGAGUCAUUUUACCUUCCAAAAGUUACUUACUGGAGCAAAGUUCAUCCUUAAUACAAUUACUCAGUCAAAAUGUUGCAAAUCUUAAAUGAUUUAAGGAAAAUUAUCCACAUUACUGACUGAUAAUAGCAUUGCUCUUUGUCAUUGCGUGUGGUUUUUCCCUCCUCCUCACAUAUCUAUGUGUACUUUUAAUACCCGGGGAUCUAAAAAAAUACCUAAAACAUUGGUAUACUUGAUAAUUUUUCUGGAAAUCAUACUUUUUCACAUUGCAAUGUCUUGGGUUCUUUCCCUUCAACUUUAAUUUUGUAGUGGUAAAGGCUUUGCAUUUAACAUCCUUUCUAUGUUCCUUUUUAACAAGAAAAGAAAAACAGAAAAUGAUAGAAUUCCAUAUUUUUUAUGCCAUGGAGUAGUAAAAUUAUUUUAUAUAUUGUUUGCACUUCCAGGAAUAGCCCUCUGCUAGGUCAGACGAAGCCCUUAUACAGUACUUUGUGAAACUCCUGUUCGGUAGAGUAUCUUUUCCCGUCGAAACCUCUGCAUAGGUUUUAGAGGGCAGCGUUCUGUGCCAGUGCAGGGAGAUGGCUGCCGCCAGAGUAUUACAGGCAAUAAUAAGACUACAAUUCUAUUGCCUUCCAUGUGCAUGCAUGUAUUUCUAAUCACUGUUAUUUUUCAGUAUUUGUAAAGUUAGAAAAAUGGCUUUUAGUUCGUGAAAACUUGUCACAUGCAUAGUUUGACGUUUUACACUCCAGAUGUUUUUGAGUUGCGUGAAAAUAUGGCAUUAACGAUGCAAAAAAAAA